AUGAGGACUCAGCGACUCUACUCCCAACUUGCAACGGUGCUUCGCUUUUCUUGUGUUCGUGGCAGCACUGCGGCAGCGGCCGCAGCUGUUUGCACAACCCUACGACACGCCAGCGCGGAAGCUGUCCUAGCGCAGGAGGAGCAUGCUGAUGGCCUUUACGGCGGCAGGAAUGAUGCAUCACCGGCAGCCGAUCCGGAGCAUGCACAGGAGGCUGGUGGUGAAGAGCCGCACCGGGCCUCACUGGUGUCCCAACUGCUGCCGUAUGUGUACGGUUCCAGCGGUGUCGCAGGCGACGCACACCUUUUGCUGCCGAUCGAUCACGUCUCGUUGCGUCGCAUCAAGAACAUAAUGAGUGUGAAGAGCAGGCAUGAUUUGACCAAGGUGCUUCACGACGCCCGCCUGCUCGCGACGCCGGAGGACUGCACCCGCUACGUGAACCUAACCGUCUCCUACAUUCGACAGCAAGCACGGGUGGAGGAGCAGGCGCAGUCUCCAUCUCUUGCGACGCGUCAGCGUGCAGCGUACUUGCAGCGGCAGCUGCGGCGUGUUCAACUCAGUGGGCUGGAGAAGAGCGCGCUGCUUAGGAAGGCCUGCACCCUCGUGGAGGAGCGACGAGUGCCACUCGUUGUCGCGAGUCGUCUGCUGCGCUAUCGCUGGCCCGAUGACCUCGCCAUCGUCACUUGCGGCGUCCGUCAACCCUACGUGAUGGAUUUGAUCCGCAGCUGGGCCACAGAGGCGCUGCAGAAGAAUGAGCUCGAACCGCAGGACGCGCGCGCACUCUUGAACAACUGUGCCUUCGCCUUGAAGUCCGCUGUGCGGCGGCGCGCGAAGGGCCAGGCGACAGAGCCACUCAGCGACAUCUCGUCCUUCAUCGGGGCACUUGCGAUGAGGGCCAGCCAAGGCGCACACUCGCCCGCAAAGGCGGAGGGGUUGAUUGGGCUCAUGUGGUCGGUGCACUUGACGGGGUGUCCGGCGCCAGCGAGCUUCUGGGACACGAUGGUGCAGCGUGUGGUGAGCAUGAAUGAGGCGUUGGAGGGGGAGUUCGCAAGCAGCGUGGACGCCGCAGCAUCGGAGGACGGCACGCCCACCUCCGUCCGCGCCCUUUCCACCUCUCCCGCAUCGUCGCCGUCGUCCACAAAAGCGCCGCGCGCGGGCCACUUCUUCAGUACUCUUACGACCCGCCAGCUCUACCGCUUCCUCAUGGUGCUGAAGCUGGCGAAGUGGGAUGGCAACCCAACCGUUCUGCAUCGGCUGGCGGACCAGACGCUGCGUAACGUCGCCUUCGAGUUGGAGGCAGCGAACUUCAACCGGCAUGCGAGCGGUUACAGUGAAGGCGAGACGGCGGCGGCGGCGGCGAAGCCGAGCAUCAAGCCAUUUUCCGUGGUGAGCGCCACAGAGGUACAUCUGGGCAUGGUACAGCAAAAGCCCGUGCAGUUGCCCAAGUCAGUGGUGGCGCGCCGCAUCCGGCAGGUGGCAGACCUGCAUAUGGACGAGUUUCUUGAGCUGCUUCACCUCACCGGGGAGCUGGGGGUUCCAUUCAGCGUCUCUGCGACCCGCAUGAUGGACGAGCUCCUCAUACCACUUGUCCCGCACCUCAAUGCUAAGCAGCUCAUUGUUCUCCUCAAGGUCGUGCGUCACACGCGAAGCCAGUCCUCGACGCUUCUGCAGGUGGUGCUGGACCGCCUAGUCGAUCGUGGCGCUGCCGGCGCUUACGCGCUUCCUCUAGCAAAGGCGGCUCUGAAGACUGCUGCGAAGGCGCCGGCCGUAUUCCAGAGCUUGCGCCUGGACGACUUUGUUGAACUCUUCACGACCACGUGCGAGGCGCAGCAUACACUCGUUCGGGCAGCGGAAGUGGCCGCGAUGGGAGACAUCCUCUACGCCCUCAGCAGGCGCUACGAAGAGAUGUCGCUGCAAGGCCAGCGCAUUCGCGACGUGAUGAAUCUUCUCUGUGCGCAGGUGGACCGGCUCGUUCAGCUGCAAGUGGCGCCCAGCUCGAUAGCAGACCGGCUGCUGGAGUCUACCGUUCUGCUGCGCAUGCGAGGCAAUAAGGUGCAGUACCCAGCAGUGCUGGAGCUGCUCGCCUCCAGGGUAGUGGCAGUAGAUCGAGAGGAGCAAUUUCGUGAGGCCCGCCAAGAGCGAGCCAUGAAGUGGUCCGAGACGCUCGCAGCAGGAGGGGCGGAAGGAGCGAUAUCUUCUCGGCACCGCGAAUCGCCGAGGUGGGAACAGCUCUCCGAAGGGGACCUCCCGCAGGUGGGGAAGGCUGUCCUUUCCGUGUAUGGUGAAUUCGUGUACAUAUUCGAGCGCAUGGUCACCAUCAAGGCGGUUCUGACGGCGAAGGACUUUGAGCUGUUCGCAAUCAGCAUCAAGAAGGCUGGACUCUACAGCAUCUUGAAAGGAGCCCAGCUCUUCCAGCAAGGACACCUCGAGGCUGCUGUUCCCCACACAACGCCCGCCUCCCAAGCAGCCGCGCAGGGGCUUUCAAGGACUCUGCCGGCGUGGAUGGAGAAGACGGUCACAAACGCCGUUCUCACCAAGCUGUCCAACAGCCGCAUCUCUUCCUCGGACACGGACGACGACUUGCUGAAGGUGCUGGGCCACGUGCACUGCGACGCGGCCAAGGUGGACGCCGUGAUUGAGAUGGUGGCCAGGUCACCGCUGCGCAGACUGCAGCGCCAGAGAGCAGUUUGGCUGUACAUUGCCGAGCUGGCGCGACGAUUUGGCUCCGAGGAGACGAAGGAGGCAAUGUCAGCGUACUUGAAGAAGGCGCUCUACUGA